UACUGAAACACACUCCAGUCCAGUAGGCGGCGUUAACGCGCCAAUGAGCUAGUUUACCGAGCGCCAAGAAAGAAAAAGAAAAAGACGUGGAUGACGUUUGUUGUAGACUGCUGGUAAAUAGUAGCAGAGUGUCUCUGCUAAAGGAGAGCUAGUAAAGUUUUGUAUAUUUCUAUCCUUUUAACUGUUGGUCUCCAGGCAACACCAUGUUUGCCGUCAGAAACGCUCUCCGCCUCGGCUCCCGGUUGUCCAUCCCCGCGGUGGCGAGGAGGGGAUGCGCCGGUGCUUCCAUCCCGGUGGACGAUAUGGUGAACGGACUCACCGACGACCAGAUACAGGUUAGCAGUCGGUUUCGUAAAUUCUGUGCAGAAAAGCUUGCACCUCAAGCUGACGAGAUUGACAAGACAAAUGAAUUUCCAGGAAUGCAGGUUUAUUGGAAAGAAAUGGGGGCGAUGGGACUCCUUGGGAUCACUGCUCCAGAGGAGUAUGGGGGAACAGGAUUGGGCUUCCUUGAUCAUGUCAUUGUGAUGGAGGAAAUGUCACGAGUGUCAGCAGCCAUUGCUCUCAGUUACGGCGCCCACUCUAAUCUCUGUGUCAACCAGAUGGUACGACACGGCAACAAGAAACAGAAAGAGAAAUACUUGCCAAAGUUAAUGACAGGAGAGCACAUAGGAGCCCUGGCCAUGAGUGAGCCCAACGCCGGCUCUGAUGUUGUAUCCAUGAAACUCAGAGCCGAGAAGCAAGGCGACUACUACGUCCUGAAUGGCAACAAGUUCUGGAUCACAAAUGGGCCAGAUGCCGAUGUCCUUAUUGUUUACGCAAAGACAGAUCCCGAGGCCUAUCAAAAAGGCAUUACAGCUUUCAUUGUUGAAAAAGGUAAAUCCAGUCAAGGAAUGCCUGGAUUCUCUACAGCACAGAAGCUCGACAAACUCGGCAUGAGGGGCUCCAACACCUGCGAGCUGGUCUUUGAAGACUGCAAAGUCCCAGGUGUGUACAUUCUUGGUCCGUUGAACAAAGGUGUUUAUGUGAUGAUGAGCGGCUUGGAUCUGGAGAGGCUGGUGCUUUCAGCAGGGCCUGUUGGCAUCAUGCAGUCAGUUUUGGACAAUGCUGUUCCCUACCUGCACGUCAGAGAAGCUUUCGGACACAAGAUCGGACACUUUCAGCUAAUGCAAGGCAAGAUGGCUGACAUGUACACCAGGCUGAGCUCCUGUCGACAAUACUUGUACAACGUCGCCCGGGCUUGUGACAAAGGACACUUCAGUGCAAUGGAUUGUGCCGGAGUGAUCCUGUAUUGUGCGGAGAACGCCACUCAGGUUGCUUUGGAUGGCAUUCAGUGUUUGGGUGGGAACGGCUAUAUCAACGACUACCCCAUGGGGAGAUUCUUGCGUGACGCAAAGCUGUAUGAAAUCGGCGCAGGCACAAGUGAAGUUCGUCGGCUCAUCAGACGAGCCUUUAACGCCAUGUACAAAUAAUCAGAACUGAGAAAUGGCAAUCGCUAAAUACUGAAACGAGUGGUUUACCAUGGAUACACACAGUUACUCACACCAAGGGCCUUAUACUGUAGGAAGUGUCGCUGCUGUUGGAUGAACACAUGUUUCAGAAUCAGUGUCACACAGGAUUUUAAUUCAUAUAUGAAACCACUGAAUUGGCAGAUGUUACAAGCUGAAAUGCUUUGACUCGAUCACCAUUGAAAUGCUAAUAAAGCGAUACAAUUCUAAGUAUUGAACCUCAUUAACAGGUUGUAUGUUCAUUGUAUUAGUUUAUUUUGACCCCCUGACUGGAUGUCCAAAACCCAAACUGCUGCUGCUGUUUCUCCUUCAACAAACCAUGUUGUUAUUUCAAGGGUUAUAAUGAAUAAUAGAAUGAAUGAAUUCUCGAUACUGUUAUUAUAAAAGAAAAAAGUAAAACUGACGUUUUUUGAGCUAAUGGUGAGGGGCUCAGCACUCUGUGACACCGUGUUGCUUAGAUAACACCGGAGAACAUCCCAUAAUGACUUUUCUUCACUAUCACUAUAGUUGAUUUGGAAAAAAAAGGCCUGAGUUUUUUUUUAAUAUAUAAUUGUACUUUCAUGAUUUCAAUGCAAAUUGAGUUGCUGCUCAAUAAGGAGAAUAAUAUCUGAUUUCUGAGUAGCAUGUUGUAGAGAAUAGAGAUUAGAAAACAGUUUGUCAGGAGCAAACAUAUUCCACUGUUAUAAUGUCUGUACAGCCCGACUGGAGAAACACUCCUGAAGAUGUUUGUCUGCUCUUCUCCAAGGGACUCAUUGUAGAUGUACAGUGUAAUAAUGUAUGAAAUAAGGUAGUGUUGUUUUCCAUAAAUAAACAAAUGUUAUAUUUAUUUCUGGA